UCGUGGUCUUAGUAACAGAGGACUUCUGACUGUAAUCCUAGCGCGUCACUUUGUUGAAGGCAAACACGUGGUUUGGGGAGCAUUUAUAAAUCUCUGCUCCGGGCAGGAUCGUGAUGUUAUCUGCUGGCAGCAGAAGGUUUGCUCGGAGCUGAGCUGCCGACGCUGUGGGCCAGAGAGCCGGGGCGAGAGAGUGAGAGAACAAGCAGAGAGCUGAGCCCUAGGGCAGGCGACAGGGAUGAAGAGUAGAAGCAUUAGGGUUUAAGGAGCCUUCCUGAAGCCACCGGGCUGCAGAGAGGAGUAGGUAUCAGCAGAGGUCUAUUUUAGGGUCGCAAGUCCCUUCUUACCCUAUCCGAGAAAGUGCAAGCUUGCUGGAAGCCAGGAGGGGCUGGGGAAGGGUGCGGGUCUCCGAGGCGCCCCGCAGCCAACCCGCCCAGGAGGCGGUGUUGUUCCGCAGAGGGUGAAGGAGGUGGCCGAUCUCUGUCGCCCGGUGGCCGCCUGAAGCAAGAGGAGAAGGAUCUGCAGGACGGAGCUGGAACCUAACCCCCUUUGCAGGCAUCAGCGGCGGCUGCAACGUGGAGCGACCCAGCCGGGUGUAGGCCACAGCGCGGCCGCAGGAGCAGGAUCGUCGCUGCCUGCUCCGGUCUUGGCGGAUCUCUGGGCCGGACAGUACCCCACCGAGUCCCCGAGUGAGCCGCGCCGGGGCGCAUCUGCCUCCCCGCGGCUCGCCAGGCUCGCCCUCGGCGCGCGCACACACACGCACGCGCGCACACAUCCACACGCACACUCAUCCACACACGUGUGGAAGGCAGGCCCGAGCCGCUCGGUCUUUGAACAUCUCAGUUAGAGCCCGGCGCAGUCCCGGCCGCUGCUCUGCGCUCCCCGCGGCCCUGCGCGCCUCCUGCCAGUCCCCGGACCUUCUCGUCUCUUCCCUUUUGGGCGAAGGAUCCGAGUUCAGAUCCGCCACUCCGCACCCGAGCCUGACACACUGAACUCCCUUUCUUCCUUUUAAGUUUAUUUCUACUUCAGAGCCACUCACUCCCUCCCUUCUUGGGGGGAAAACAAACCUUUCUUACUCCUUAAAGUGAGAAUCCCCUCCCCAAGCUUGAGCAUCGCAUAUUACUGUCUCCACGUUGGGAACGCGUUGCACUUUCUUUUUUUAAAGGAAUCACAGCAGGGACGUUUUUCUAUCGGGCAUUGACUUUCGAUUGCUUUGCAAAAGUUUCGCAUUAAAAAAAAAAAAACUUUACCUGACUUGCUCUGAGAAUUAUUGGUUUCUUUUUAUAUUUUUUUUUCUUACUUUAAACAACAACAACAGCAACGUUCCCACCUUUUAAAAACAUGCACUACUGUGUGCUGAGAACCUUUUUGCUCCUGCAUCUGGUCCCGGUGGCGCUCAGCCUGUCUACCUGCAGCACCCUCGACAUGGACCAGUUUAUGCGCAAGAGGAUCGAGGCCAUCCGCGGGCAGAUCCUGAGCAAGCUGAAGCUCACCAGCCCCCCGGAAGACUAUCCUGAGCCGGACGAGGUCCCUCCGGAGGUGAUUUCCAUAUACAACAGUACCAGGGACUUACUGCAGGAAAAGGCAAGCCGGAGGGCAGCCGCCUGCGAGCGCGAGCGGAGCGACGAAGAGUACUACGCCAAGGAGGUUUAUAAAAUCGACAUGCCGUCCCACUUCCCCUCCGAAACUGUCUGCCCAGUUGUUACAACACCCUCUGGCUCAGUGGGCAGCUUUUGCUCCAGACAGUCCCAGGUGCUCUGUGGGUACCUUGAUGCCAUCCCGCCCACUUUCUACAGACCCUACUUCAGAAUCGUCCGCUUUGAUGUCUCAACAAUGGAGAAGAAUGCUUCUAAUCUGGUGAAGGCAGAGUUCAGAGUCUUUCGUUUGCAGAACCCCAAAGCCAGAGUGGCUGAACAACGGAUCGAACUGUAUCAGAUCCUCAAAUCCAAAGACUUAACAUCCCCAACCCAGCGCUACAUCGAUAGCAAGGUUGUGAAAACGAGAGCGGAGGGCGAAUGGCUCUCCUUCGACGUGACUGACGCUGUGCAUGAGUGGCUUCACCACAAAGACAGGAACCUGGGAUUCAAGAUAAGUUUGCACUGCCCCUGCUGUACCUUCGUGCCAUCGAAUAAUUACAUCAUCCCCAAUAAAAGUGAAGAGCUCGAAGCGAGAUUUGCAGGUAUUGAUGGCACCUCCACAUAUACCAGUGGUGAUCAGAAAACUAUAAAGUCCACUAGGAAAAAAAACAGUGGGAAGACCCCACAUCUCCUGCUAAUGUUGUUGCCCUCCUACAGACUGGAGUCACAACAGUCCAACCGGCGGAAGAAGCGUGCUUUGGAUGCCGCCUAUUGCUUUAGAAAUGUGCAGGAUAAUUGCUGCCUUCGCCCUCUUUACAUUGAUUUCAAGAGGGAUCUUGGGUGGAAAUGGAUCCAUGAACCCAAAGGGUACAAUGCCAACUUCUGUGCUGGGGCGUGCCCAUAUCUAUGGAGUUCAGACACUCAGCACACCAAGGUCCUCAGUUUGUACAAUACCAUAAAUCCUGAAGCCUCUGCUUCCCCUUGCUGUGUGUCCCAAGAUCUGGAGCCACUGACCAUCCUCUACUACAUUGGUAACACACCCAAGAUCGAACAACUUUCCAACAUGAUCGUCAAGUCUUGUAAAUGCAGCUAAGGUCCUCAGAAAAGCCACGACACGAAAAUCACGGUGACAAUGACGCAUGACAAUGACAGCGAUGAUGAUGAUGAUGAUGAUGAUGAUGAUGAUGUUUAUGACAUGAGGGAGUUUUGAUUCAUCAGUGUUUAAAGGAAAAAAUGGAGGAAAAGCGGUACUAGUUCAAACAUUUUGCAAGCUUGUGUUCUGUUUGUUAAAACUGGCACCUGAGAUUACAGUGACAAAAUGCCACGGAAGGCUUUAGUCUGCAUUUCGCCUACUUCAUGAGAGACACAAAAAGAAAACAUCUUUUUUUUUUUUUUAAAGAAAAAAUAAACACUGGAAGAAUUUGUUAGUGUUAAUUAUGUGAAAGAAAAACAAAACAGGAAAUCCGUUCAGUGGAGUUGUACGUAUCGUUUGCACCCACACUUCGCCGUGCUUCUCCUGGUUCCUCUGUAUUGCUCUGCAGUGGGCACCUUCCCUGUCCCUUCCUCUGAGCUAACAGUGGGUUAUUUAUUGUGUGUUACUAUAUAAUGAACCUUUCAUUGCCCUUGGAAAACAAAACAGGUGUAUAAAAUGGAGACCAAAUGCUUUGCCACAAACUCAUGGAUGGCUUAAGGAAUUUGAACUCAAACGAGCUGGAAAAACAGGCGGUCAUACCAGGAUGAAAUCCCUAUGAGUCCUUAUAUAGAGAGGACUUAAGUCUGCAAAAGUGUAGAAGCCCCAAGAAGACGAGCUGUGCACCAACUGCCUGCAGAAGCUUCACGGGCGGCCAUGCACUGAGAAGGCCUGUUAAGGAAGAAAGCCUGGAGUCAGUGGGAAUCUGGGAGAUUGCUUUGUUUUUUUCUUUCUUUUAAUUGUAAAUGGUUCUUUGCCAGUUUAAGGAAGCCAGUGAAAUGUUGACCUGUUUUGACGUGUUUUGUCAGACUUUGGACCGUGAAGUGGCCGUAGAGCGCCGAUACAGGUUUUUUUCCUUUGUCUUGGGAUAUGUAAUCACACUGAUACUAUUAAAAUAGAUGGGUCUAGAAGCCAGCAUAAUUGAAAACACAUCUGCAGAUCUGUUUUACAAACUAUUAAAUCAAAACAUUAACUACUUUAUAUGUAAUAUGUAGAUCCUUACCGUAUUUUUGAUGUUCUGUAAUAAUGAUUAUGAUUUAGAUUGAACUUAAAUUUGGACUUUUUUUUAAAUGGUCAUUCAGAUUGUAUGUUUGUUUCCUUUAGCUGGCCAGUAUCUUUGAAUAAAACCCCUAGAUUUUGACUUGCACUACAAAUUCAUUUUUUUUUUAAAUAGUAUCUUCUCUGCUUGUCUUUUAUGUAUUGUCCAUUUAAUGACAUAAGAUACCCGGGUCCAUUUUUCUCCCUUUU